AUGCGCUCAAUAUUAGCGCUCCUCGCGCUACCCGCAGCCACACUUGCGGUCUCACUGGUCGACUUCCCGCCCAGAGUCACAGGCCUAUCUUCAUCCUGCCAAAGCGUCUACACACAAGUCAUCGACGGCUGCUCAAAUUCAGACUUCGCCUCAGCUAAGAGCUGUAGCCCUGGAUGUAUCGACGCCCUACAGGCCAUGACAGGCCCUGUACAGCAGGCUUGCAGCAGUGACACCAAUGUCGGCGGGACAGUUAUUAAUGCUUUCCUGCAUAAUGCCGGCACUGGCGCGAUCUGCGGGAAUGCGGCGAGUGUGCUCGCCACUAUGAGUUCCGCUGCUCCGAGCAGUACGGUUGCGGAAAGCUCUUCGGCGGCACCUACAUCGUCUGUCGUGAGUUCAGCUGCGCUCAUGAGCACGACAGCUGCAUCGAGCUCGGCCGUGGAAUCAACGAUAAGCUCCUCGGACUCGACGGACAGUACUGCGGACUCGUCGACAUCGAGCGAAAUCACGACCUCAUCCUCAAGCAUUAUCCUUUCGGGCACAUCAACAGCCAGCCCUCUCGCCACUACAACAGCAACAAGCACAGCGACAGCAUCGCAUACCACUUCAAGUGCAUUGAUAGUGGACACAUCAAGCUCGCCUUCAUCAUCAAGUCACAAGCCUUCAGCAACAGGCAAUUCGCAAAACGGCGACAACAGCAACAGUGGCGGAGGCAGUCCCUUUGACUCAAUAAGCAACCAAGCCAGCGCUGGCAACGCGCUAGAGGUUCUCUCGUACGGCGUUGCGGGGAUCUGCGGGUUGGUGUUCGCAAUGGUCUGGUUAUAA